UGAGAAUUUGUGCAAGGAGAUGAAUGAUGAUAGAUUUGCAUUUAUGUCACCAUCUAGACUGGUGAUAAAUCACAAGCGUGAAUAUAACCGUAUUGAGGAAGUCACUCAGUAUAUGACAGAGUUUUUAGUUACAAACAAAGAUAAGCGUUUUAUCUUUGCACCAUACAUCCAAGAUGAUCAUUGGAUAUUGCUUCUAUUCUGUUUGGAUGAAAGUGUCAUUUACGUGUUUGAUUCAUUGAGAAGGGAGCGGGAUAUUCGGUUGACAACACCUACACGAACGGCAUAUAAACUGUAUGUAGCACAAGGUGGCAGGAAGAAUAACCGAAAGGAAUUUCUUUGGUGUCAUGCAGAUGUUCAGUGUCCUCAACAACAAGGAGGUACAGAGUGCGGUUUAUUUGUUAUGAGGUACAUGCAUGAAGUAUUCCUGCUUUCUCAAAAAAAUCCUAAUACCAAUUGGAAAGAGGGCCUUGGUUCAAGAAGGUAUUUAAAGAAGGAACUCAAUGAGGUUCGGGAACUGUGGGCUGAGUUUUUUACAGUUGAAUGUCUAUAAUGAGAUAGUUGACGGACUUUAAUGGCCACUACAAGCUUUUUAGUGGUAAGGACGAGAGCGAAGACUGAGGCAGCUGACUUAUUACUACGUAUUGAUUUCAUAAUUUCUAGUGUGGACAUGUAAUUUGACAAGAAGAAUUAUGGGUUGUAAUACAUUUAAUUUUAAUGUACAUUGAUUAAUUCCAAGUUAAGUUUGUGUAAUUUUAGUUUAUUAGUGCUAUUGACUUUGGGCAUUUGGUGUUGGAUUCAUUUACAUUACUGAAUGAUGCACAGGGUUAAUAUAUAUAUAAAAAAGGGUCAGAAGCAGAAAAAUAUCUAUAAAUUAAAAAAAAAAAAAACACUUUAAGCCACGGCAGUUUGAAAGCCGACGCUAUAGGUGUAAUCUUUAGCGUCGCCUGUUUGACUACCGACGCAUAAGA